AUGGUGCCAGUAACGGCAAACACGGUAAGAACAACAAGGUCGCUCGUCAAGAAUGUGGACAAGGCAGAAAGGUUCAUUCCUCACAAGGACACUGUUGGGGUAGAGAAUGAGCACGACAAGCUCAGGAAAUGCGGAACCUGUGGUAAAUUGAGGAAUGAGGGUGGGUCGUGCACAGAUAUAUGGCACACCCACUACUACGACAUAAAGGGGCAGUGCUGGCACAAAAAGGAUGCCCAGCCUGCAGCUCAGGUUGUAUCAGUAGAAGAAACUGAGGCCAUACGAGCAUUCAAGGCAGCUGUUGCAGCCAACCCUGCUCUGCUCAACCAGCAAGACUCUGAGCUGCCCACAGCCUCAAAGUGCAAGGCCACCCCCAGGAUCGACCUCGACGCCCACUACAAGCAUCAGGAAACCAACAAGAAGUGUGGAAGGCUCCUCACACUUGUGUCACUAGGUGCAUCAUCCACAGACAGGCAGCGAGCAGCAGCUAGAGUUGUAGAUACCACACACAUCAUAAAGCGCAGAAUCAUCCGCAAGCCACACGAUCACACCCCACUGCUCGAACACUACAAGCCCAGAAAAGGACGUCUUAUCACUGGUAGUCACAAGCCGGCACUGCCCCCAGAGCUUAUAACCUCCAACGCCGUUCCCCCCAUCAUUGUUGCUCCACAGCCAGUGCGACCCCUUCCCAACUUCGUUAAGGUCAACACACAUGCACGACCCAUUCGCCCUCUUCCAUCCAAAGUCAGGCCCACCCUCCACAUCGAAACACUCAAGAAGCAGGUCUCCGCUACCCGCUUCAGACUACAACCGAUAUUAGGAGCGUUCUGGGAGAGAAUUGAUCAGGACAAACGAAAAAAGGUACAACUCCUCGCAUUGGAGUUAGACAAAGUCUGCGCAGACCUCUACACGGGAACUCAUGAAUACACCUUCGUCGACAAACAGGUCAUCAACACGUGCUGCCUGGAAAUAGGAAGGAUCAACUUCAAGGAGAUAGGGAAGCAGCAGAGGUUAGACAAGAUCUUUAACUACAUCUAUAUCACAAUGGAAGGAGCCGAUCGUGCAUAUGCAUCCACGUUCAGGCAAAGAAUGGAUGAUAUUCUGCAUACAAACGUCGAGUCAGCACAUGAUGGAAGCACCCCACGCGCCUCGCAGCGCAAUUCACCAGAACCUGCACUAGGACCGCAGGAUUCUGCAUCGCAAGUUGGAGGACCAGCAUCCCCAACCCCAUCACUCUUACCCGCCUAUGUACCCCCCAUCUGGGAAUUCGACGGACACCAGUUCAAGCAUCUAGAAGAUGCGCUCAGACAGUCCGCUUCCGGAGAAGUCCCGGACCACAUCCGCGAAUGGGUUAUUGUGGCGAUGAAGCUCACGGUCAGUACCGAAGUCGCCAAGAUCUACAAUGUGCUCAGAAACAAAAUGUACGAGCACAAGAAAGCCUUCGAGUCGCUGAUCCAAAACAACAAGAGCGAACACCGACUCAAGGAGGGAAUGCUCCAGACGGAGAUCGGGAAGCUCAAGGAUAGGAUCCUUGCGCAAGAUGCGCAUAUGACAGUUUUGAACGACAAGCUCACGGGAACCCAGGCGACAAUGCUCGAUACAGGCAAAGAAAUGAUGGAAAUCAAGGCAGCUAACGUCAAGCUGCGACAUGAGCUAGCUUCGCUCAAAGCAAGCGGCGUCACUAUGAUGCAAGGUCAAACAUCCGGCAUGGUCCAAUCGCACAAGCCACGCAUCAAAAUUGCUGAACCUCUACACUACUCGGGCAAAGGAAGUCUGGAGGACUGGCUCCAACAACUCGGUAUAUGGAUGCGGUGGAACGAGAUCAACGACGAUGAACACAAGAUUACCAUGGCCUUACUGCACUUGGAAGGUGGCACGUUCACAUACAUGUCUGAAUAUGCGACCAGAGCAGCAGCACAGCAGGCACUUGGCACAUGGGAAGACUUCGUCAACAUUCUCAAAGUGAACUACAGGACCCUCGACCCAGACAAGGAUGUGCAGCAGCAUUUGAAGGAUAUCUGCAGCAAGACAUAUCCCACAAUGGUAUCCUUCGCAGAACAGUUCCGUCAAUGGGUCACUAAGACCAACUUAGGGCACACUGCACUCAUCGGUUACAUCGCUGAACACCGAAGCAAGGACCGAUGCCCAGACCCCAAGUACAAAGGCAAAUUCGAAAUGCCGAAGUGGGGCCAAGCAGCAAGGGCAAUUUCUUCAAACGCGGCCUCAGACAUCUCCGACGACAGCAAGGCGAGAUAUGAAGCAGUUUGUGCUUUCAUCGCCAGCUACGACGUGAAGGGAAAGGAAAAGGAGGCAGAAUCGGAACCAGCUGUCGAAGCAGCUAGGAUCACGGAGGUAGAAGAUAAUGAGGAUUUUCUUCGGCGGGUUCUCUGA